GCCACGCACAUUUCUCUUUCCUUUACACUGUCCUCUCGACUCCAGAAAGGGAAAAACAAUCGCCAAACAAACACACAAGCAAAGAUGCCUUCCACUGAGUCGUAUAUCUGCUGCCCUACGGACAAGCCGGCUGCGAAGUGCCCUUACGACCCCACCGGCGACGAUUUCUACGUCGUCGGCCCGUACAAGAGCAAGGCAGGUGUGGUGGUGGUGAGCGACAUCUUCGGCAUGCAACCAAACUCGAAGCGCUUUGCGGAUAUGCUGGCGGAGAAUGGCUACCUCGUCGUCAUGCCUGACUUCUUUGGCAAGCGUGUGUGGCCGGUGGAGAACUGGCCCGUGGACCCAGAGUCGCAGAAGUGGAAGGACCACAUUGUGUGGAGCCGCAACAUGGACAACUUCAAGCCGCGCAUGGAUCGGGCAGUGGAGAUGCUGCGGCAGAUGGGAUGUGCGAAGGUCGGAGCCGUCGGCAUGUGCUGGGGAGCGGUGCUGCCCUUUAUCUUGUCGGGCGAAGGCACCAUCGAUGCGGCGGCGACGGCACACCCGGCCUUCUUCAAUGCCUCGGAUGUGCAACUGGCCAAGACGGGUGUGUUGGUGCUGGGCGGUGUCGACGACGGUCCGCUGAUGGAAGUUGGCAAGGCUGUGAAGGCGCACCCGAUUGAGCCAAAAGUCUUCCGCUCCUUUGAAAACAUUGAACACGGCUUCUUUGGAUCGCGGUAUGAUCCGGAUAACUACACGGAAGUGCAGAUGAAGGAGGCACUGGAGGCACGCCACCUUCUUCUGGACUUCCUGCAGACGACGCUGCACUAG